CUUCUAGCGGGCCUGGACGAACGCGGCUCGACAGUCAGCGUCGGCGCGGCUCUGCGCAACCACGGCAGCCACCAUGUCCUCCACAGCGGCCAUCGCCCCGGAACCUGGCACGCCGAAAACGCUGGACGCCAACCGGUAUGCGACGAAGAAGACGAUCGCGCAGGGCAUGCUGGACAUCGCUCUGCUGACUGCCAAUGCCAGCCAGCUCAAGUACGUCCUGCAGGCGGGGAGCAAGCACGAGUUCUACUCGCUCAUGGUCGGGCUCAUCUCCACCUCCAUCGUCCUCCAGGGCGUGAUGGGCGUGCUCUUCCUGUCGCUGAACCUGCUGCGCGACUGCCGCCUGCACCAGCAGAGCUACCGCGCCUCGGCGCUCGUCAUCAACUACAUCGCGCUCGCCCUCUCCGUCGUCGUCACCGCGCUCAACCUGCUCAUCUCCGCCUUUGACCCCAGUCUCGGGCACUUUCUCAAGGGCACCGACCUCGCCUAGCUGCCCGCAGCGGGACACCCGCGCACUACCCCGCCACACCGCUGUCGGUCGCAGGUGCUUGCUGGCUCACUCACAAUCAUUCUGCUGAGACUUAACAUCAAUGAUCCUGGCAGGCACUACACUGCUGCUGUAAUUAACCACAUUUGCUUGGCAUUUGUUAUGGGUUCCUGUGUAACAAAUACAAUAAAAAUGAGCUUUGGACUAGAUCCAACCGUACAAAGAAAUAACUCUGUUUAAAGUGAUCAAGAAUUGUCAAAACUGCAUCAAAAUACUGACACCAUAAAUGUGUGCAGAAAUAGUGGAAUUUUACAAAUGAUAUGUACAAAAGAAUGAUUUUGAUUCAGUGUUUUUGCUUUUUAAAUUAUUUAAUAUUAUUAAAUAUAUAUGGAAUUAUAUGUAUGAUGUAAUUUGAUCAUAACAGAAGUGAAACAUGUGACAUGUUUAGCACUCACCUAAUUUUUCUAAUGUUGCAGUGAACAGAUGAAACAUUUUAUGGGAUAAUUAAAAAUAUCCUCUUCCCUUCUAGUGUUCAUAUAACAUGAUGUAUCAAUUUGUACAAAACUAUGUCUGACUGUGAAAGAUAACUACAAUGAUCCAUGCAAGAUCUCAGUUCCAUUUUGAAUAUUAAACCUUAUUUAUACUUUGCAAAAACAGACAUAAUGUCUUAUGGGAUAACAGCAAUCAGUGAUUUUAUAAAGUUACUUAAAAUCCGUCUUGAUUGCAAUUUAUUUUUUAUUUAUUUUUUAUUCAUAUGACCGGUUUCGGCUCAUUCAGAACCAUCUUCAGAUCUGAUAUUUCAGUUACAGGAGUAACCCGUCCAAAUCCAGCAACUUUCACAUGCUAUGUCACGUAAAUCUGAAGAUGGUUCUGAAUGAACCAAAACCGGUCAUAUGAAUAAAAAAAAUAAAAAAAAUAAUAAAAAAAAAUUUGCAAUCAAGACGGAUUUUAAGUAACUUUAUUUAUACUUCCCAUAACUAUGCUUAAAGCGGAAACUGAACAACCAAUAAUGAAAAUUUACCAGCUGGGUAUGAUUGUUACAACAAUGCAGGAUGUAUUACUUGAAGCAAAGAACAUUAUUUACUCAAAGAUUAAACACGGGAUGUGAUCUGAAUUCUCUAGACUGUCAGAUAGCUGAUUAAACUUAGAAACUAACAGAAAUUUUUUGAAAGUGACUGUGUAUUAGAUUUUGUGUUUUAUUGAUAACUGCAUUAACUCUGAUAAAAGACUUGCAUAUAAAAUAUGUAUCAACCUGACAACUUUGCUACUUCACUUCCUAUUCCUCUCAAGAAAAUAGAUGAUUUUUGACCAUUCUCCCAGUCGGACAACCACUAUUUUCUCGAAAUUAUGUUUAUGAAAACACACACACACACACACACACACACACACACACACACACACACACAGGACAGCUUUCAAUAAUUUUAUCAAGGGGAAAUUACUAAACUGAUUUCAAAUGAUAAACAUAAAUGACAGCUGGCUGAGGUAAAAAAGGGCAUUUCCACAUUGGCCAUCAAAUGGAAUGGGGUAUUCAGAUGCAAUAUAAAUUAAUAAAUGAAAUUGUUAUAGUAGGUUAUUCAUUAUAAGAUGGCAAAUAGAAACAAAGGUAAGGUGUUCAUAUGUUGGAAGUGAGAAAAUAUUAUUACAAACCUUGUAUAAUAUGACAUACCAAGAUGUACAGCUAUUGUUUACAACAGGUAUAAGUUGAUAUUUUCCUUUAUGACAGAGUAUGAAAAAAGACCUCUCUGCAGUACACAUCUACAGCCUAUCUUGUUAGUUGCAGUCUGUAAUUCAGUUACUUCAGUUUCUGGUACCUUAAUAGAGUGUAUUGAUUAUCAUUUGCAGUGCCAGAAACUUGAAUAAUCCUCAUCUGAAACAAGCUGACUUUAAAGUUUUUACUCUGUUUGUUAACAAGUUUUCAAGGGUUGUUAUAUAUUUUAGGUGAUGCAGCAGAUGAAUUUCCUAGCACGUACUUUGGCAGACCAGACAUUUAUGAUUAAUAAUGACUGUUUUAUUACUGAGUUGCUGUUUUUCAUUUACGUUACAUAGUAUUCCUUUUUUGAGCUUUAUAUACUUUCUCCUAUUUGUUAUAGUAGAGUACAAAACAUAUGCCUUAAAAUAUUUUCCUGGUGUUCCAAGAAUAACCAACAGACAUAUUGGAAAUAAGAAUAGAUUAAUUACAACAUUUAUGAAAGGAUACCAUAUUCCACCAACUGUUAUGUCUUCACAAUUACUUGAGUGAUAUUGAUGGGGAAGUAAACAGUUGCCAUUCUCUAGUAUGUUUCCUUCAAUAUUCACAUUUGCAGAUACUUACAGCAUAGGCCUACACUCUUUUUAUACAAGUUUACCACCCAUCAUUUAACAUACUUCUACGUGAAAAAAUCUACAGUUUGUAAUUAUCCUUUGGUGAUUUUCUUUUCAAGUUCAGAAAUAUUUCUCCCACUUUCAAGUUGUCAUAACUGAACCAUCCAAAUAAUUUUUUCUUUUCUCUCAGUGUUAACUGGAUGUUAAAUUUUUUCCUUUCAUUCAUCCUUUAUUUAACAUAAUAUUUCUGUUAAAACUUCUCUAUUCAGAAAGAAAUUGGAGUCAUUUCUUUCAUUACAUAAAUACAGCAUUUCACAGAGGUUUAGCUUUUGUUCAAUGUUAUUUUAAUUUUCAAUUUUGUUUUGUUAUUUAUUUUAUUUUCGUUCU